UCUGCUGUUAUCAUAUCAUUUUAAUUUUAAAAAAUUUUCAACAGAAAACAAAACUUCUCGUCAUAUCACUGAAAUGGAACCCAUGACGUUAGGAAGUGCCCCAUCGAGCCCGGCGUCACCUGGAAUCAAUCCGAAUUUUCUUCCUGGUUUUCUGAUGGGAGGAGACUCUCAACCGCAGACCCCUAACCCUAGCACAUCACCUGGAAGAAACAGAAAUUCUGGAAACUUUCCUAAAGUAGGGUUAAGUGCAACAGAGCCAAGAAGUUUACGUCAAAAGCUCUUCAACCAGUCAUUAGUCGACACUCCUACAGCUUUGUCGCCCUUCUCCAUGAUGCCUGAAAAAGCUGGUCCACCUAAGACUGGCCUCUUUGAUACUUUCGAGCAGAAGAAAAAGUCUAGUCCCAUUAUGAGUAGCACAGUAGCACACAUGAAUGAGUCAGUGGGAUUCAAUGAAAGCAUUUCUAGGAUCAAUGAUGAUAGUGUUAAUCAUAGUUUGAUGGUGAAUUUGAGUGAUACAUUUUCAAGGCCCAGUAAUAUGAACAAUAGCCUAGGCAACAAAAUUGACACACAUUGGGUGACUGUGUUUGGUUUUCCACCCAGUGCUCUAACUCUAGUGCUCUCUCAGUUGGCAAAUUGUGGUCCCAUUGCUGAUAAGAAGGUUCCUCCACAAGGAAACUGGGUACACAUCAAGUUCAACAAUCUGAGUGAGGUUUCAAGAGCUCUGUCAUUGAACUGCAAACUCAUCAAUAAUAAUAUUAUGGUUGGUGUAACACUUUAUUAUCACAAGGAAAAUAAGGAAAAUGACAAUGCAAUGUACAGUUCUCCUAUGAGGGCCAGGUCCCUUCGCCAUUCUUUCAUAUCACCAAGUAAUCAGAAUUCUGUUUUGUCACCACAGACCUUACCUCAAAAGUCAACAGGUAUUGUAACCAAAGCAAUGGAAUAUGUUUUUGGAUGGUAGAGCUAUUUUAUAAUAUUUGAUUUUUAUUUUGUAUCAUGUAUGUAUUUUUUAUGAUUGAAUGGAAAACCACCUUAACAUCUUGUUACUGCAUCAAAAUUAUUUAUAUUCCUGCAGAUAGUAAAUAAUAUUAAUACAUUUCUCUACCUGAGGACAAUAAUUAGCAAUUUAAACACCUCUGACUUGAAAUCUGAGUCAUUUAUUUUGAUGGAUGUGAGGUUGUGACCAAUAAGCACAAACAAAAACAAAUGUGAACCAAUGAAAAGAAAGUAAAUAAACCUCUCCGACAGAUUUCAUAAACUCUGAUAGGUGGUGUACACUUUUCUAUCCAGAAUUCAAACAGUAUCAUAAUAUCACAGCUGCUAGUAUUCUUCAUGUAGUUCUAUGUAAAUGAAGUAUGUGGGUGGCUUUCUUUUUAUAAUUUAUUGAACUGAUCUAAUAUCUCAAUUUAGUUUUAUAUUUUGUAUUGAAUCUUUACAGAAUAUAUUUUAUUUUCAAACUA